AUGCCACCCAACGUAUCGGACUCGGCAAGACUACCAGCUGCAGCGAGAGUAGAAGAAUCAAGCAGCACGCAUUCGGAAACCGGCCUCGAGGUCACCCUCGAUGCUGGCACACCCCAAUCCCAGUGCUAUAUAUUCUCAUCUCAGACCCUCUCCAUGCAUCACGCAGGACGCCUGCGAGCGACAGUCAACCGCGCGUUUACGCUUGGACUCGAAGAAGACUUCGCUCCGUGGAUUAGUGGAGGACGACACGCUCCACCCUUAUUCCAGAGUCGUGCACGCCUCGUCGACUUGCUAGCUCCUAGGCUUUCUCCAUUCUCUCCGAGUGCUACUUCGAUCCCCAGGAUGUCACGCUACCCUAGCAUGCACGCACGCACCCCCAGCUCGGCGUCGGCGUCGGUGUACACGCGGAACGGCGCUGGAGGCAACACGCGCUCCUGGGUCUAUCCUUACAACCAGAACGUCGCACCUGCACCUCCUACUCGACCGGCCGGACCACCCCCAGCAACACCCUCUUUCCCUCCCGCACCUCUACUGGAAACACAACCAUGA